UGCUAUCCAGAGCCCGGAGCUUUCAAAGCAUCUGACUACAACGCCUUACUACCGACUGAUCUCCCGACAAUCCGAUGGUGAAAACUGUUUCAACCGUUGACGAAUAUGAAGACAACACAUACUCCGCCAUGCCGUCAGUGUCAUGGUCAGCAAAGCUUCGUGUCGCUAGGCGUACAAACUGGCGUUCGGUUCAUGCACGUAGCGCUGGUGCUUUCGAGGACGCCAAAACCAAAACUAACCGGUACGCUUAGCGCAGUAUAUAUGGGCUGUGGAAGCUUUACCAACAAUCAGUAACAUUUGUGCGUACCGUGCUGCUAGCAGCAAGAACUGAACAGGCAAAAAGUACAGAUACGCAGCUAGCAAUGGGUUCCCACACGACAGGGCAAGUGUUGGCCCUGCUUUUUGUACUAGUGGCGGUUUUAGGGAGCCACGAAGAGCAUGAAUACUGCGACAAAGUCUACCGAAUCAAUGGCAAUUCAAUUGAUUUUCCCUGCGACUCUACGAAGAAUAUCUACAUUUCGACCCAGCGAUACAAGCCUCGCAAUGUGAUGCCUGUACGGUUUCAGUACGACAAUCAUCGGGCCUUGAUAUGCCUGCCAAGAUUACGUCCCGGUGUACCUACCACGCUUGGACAGAUCGAUCUUAGCAAACCGAGUUGCUACGCACACAUUAAGCCGUUCCCGUGCUGGGCCUACCAGGAAGAGGGCAAUUGUAACUCAUUCCAAUCAGUGAUCGAUGUGUACACCGAUGUAAAGCGCAUUUUGUGGUGUCUUGAUUCUGGAAUUACUAACUUCCUGGAGCAACCGAUCAAACGAUGCCCGCCAAAGGUGUUCGCCUUCACACUGAGCAACGAUAAGACGGUCAAAACUAUCGAUCUGUCGGAAAUUGUGAAAUCUAGCUCACGUCUCCAGUACCUCGUGACGGAUUACAACGAAUCUGGACAUCCAUUUGUUUACAUUUCCGACGGUGAUGGUGCAAUCAUUGUGCUCGACGUGAAUAACAACAAACAUUUCCGCGUUGUGCUACCGCGAGCCAUUUCGGCCGGUUGCGGCGACUCUGAUGUGCUCUACCUGCUACUCAUCCCCAAGCCCAAGGGACAAAGCAUUGUUAUCUUUAGCUACCUUUGCGGACAAAAGGUUUACUCGAUAAAGUCGGAACAUCUGCGUAGCGGCAAGGGUUCGAGCGCGAUCGUUGAAAUGGGAUCGAAGAGAAAACAUUCCGUCCUGCUGGGUACGGAUGGAGGCAAGGGUGUUAUUCUGCGGUAUCGCAGCGAGGCGGAACUGUACCUAUGGGACACGGAUCAACCCUACAGGGAGUGUAACUUCGAGCUGGUUCAGAACGCGGACGAAUGCCGACUUUCUACGCACGUCAGCGUAGGCAAGAACGAACAUUUGUUGUCUCUUUCAUCGAAUUUGAGCGAUUUCCUGAACAAUACGUGUGGAAUUGGUGGAGCCUCGAGUCGAUUGAAGUAUGUUUGCAAGGAGUGUGACGACGAUUGCUUCUAGAAAUAGAGAUAAAUUAAUCUGUGU